CACACCGGAAUCGUUGUGUUGGCGUUCUGUCGGAAUCUCCCGUAUCUACAUCGGAGCGUUGGUCUUUGUCAGUCGUAUCUUACCAAUAUACCACUCUCUAAAUCUAUGAUGCGGUUCACGGCGCUUUGUAUUGUUUUGAUCUGCGUGUCUCAGGCUGGUUCCAGACCACUGGAAAAUGAAGAUGAAGAUGAAAGUCAACAGACUGACACUAUUCCACAAACUACAGUAGCUCAUAAGAUUGAAGAAGGCCAAGACACAGAAGACAAACUGAAGAAGAGUGAGACUGAAAAGAAUGUAUCAGGAACUAGUAUUUCUACUUCCAUUUCUGAAGGUAAAGAAACAAAAGAAAUGCCUUCAGAGAACAUAACUUAUACAGUGAACACAAACAAUGAAGAAUCAGAUGAACAAAUUCAACCUGACAAUCCUGAACAGGGUGAUGAGAAAAACACACCUGAAACUCUUGAAGAUGAGGAAACCAAACCUGAAACUCUUGAAAAUGGUAAAGAAGAUGAGGAAACCAAACCUGAAACUCUUGAAAAUGGUCCAAAGGAAUCAAAUAAUGGAGCAACAGAGGAACAGAAUCCGAAUGCUCUGAAGAACCCUACAGACAUUGAUACAAAUGAUGAUCAGAUGGGUGCCAUUCAGAAAUCCGGAGAGGUGCAAGAGAUUGAGGAGGAUGGUGAUGAUGAGGGUGAAGCUGAUGAUUUUGAUCAGGGCACAUCCAACCAAAAACCAGCGAUCGAAACAAUUGACCAGAAAUCAAAAACGAAAGACAAACUUCAGCUAGAGGAAUCUCCAGAGAACAGCCACUUCUUUGCCUAUCUCGUCUCUGCUGUUAUACUGGUGGCCGUGCUCUACGUUGCCCGUCACAACAAGCGCAAGAUCAUUGCAUUUGUUGUUGAGGGCCGGAGAUCAAGAGGCUCGCGGAGACCCAAAACAUCAGAUUACCAAAAACUCGAGCAGAAUUGAGCAGUAUAAGCAGUAAGAUGCAAAACCUGAUGUAGGUGGUGGAUGAAUCAGAAUAUUUUGACUGUGACCUUUAAACUUGAAUUAUUCCCCAUGAGGCAUACAUCAUAAUACUGCUCAUCAACACUGUAUGACAAUUGUCAGUUACAUCACCUAAAUAUAUAAAAAAAAAUGACAAAUCCUUAAAAAGAUAUUUGAUUCUCUCAUCAUAAAUAAUUUUUUUCAUUUACUCACAUGGAUAUGGUGUUUUUUCGUUUAUUGCUGAGCCUCUUUUUUUUCAAUCUUAUUUAUGAUUACAUAAUAGUCUAACAGAGAAGGAAACAAUAUGUAUAUUUUGCAGACAUGAAAUAUUUGAGGAAAUAAAUUAGUUUUUCAUGGUCACGGUAGUCAUUAGGAAGUUUUGAAAUUAUAAAUGUUGCUGGUUUAAGCCCUAACUGGAAAAUGAGGUCAUAAAGAUGUUAAUGAUUGAAGUUAAUAACACAUUUAUCGGGCAUGUGAAUUGCACAUUCUACCUGUGUUAGGAAACUAGUUGUAGGCUUUGUUUCUAGAUUAUGUAUGUUUUACACACUGUUAAUGCAAGUUAAACAGAUGUUUUGUGAUGUCACAGGUUUUGUUUUUUUCUCAUGAUUACAAUUUGUGGUUUAUGAAUGUUUUGAAUGCUGUAUUAUCUUAGUUUUUGCCCAUAUGCAGAAUUUCGGUUGCAGCUAGUAUACAGUGUAAGCUGUCUGUUUACAUUAUAUUUGACAUUGUCAGUCCUCGGUUCAGUUUUUGCACCUUUCUUUCAGUCAAGGCGUUUUGCUCAGAAUCAAGUGACUUGUUUCCAUGACAGUAAUGUUUAAACAAGCCGUCCAGGUGCGUUGUUUGUUUCAGAGUAAAGUUUACUUUUAAAGGAAUAUUCCGGGUUCAGUACAAGUUGAGCUCAAUCAACAGCAUUUGUGGCAUAAUAUUAAUUACCACCAAAAAAAAUAAAAAAUGUAAUGUUAAUACUCUGUUUCAAAAGUAUAGCCAUGACACAUAAACAAUGUGUGUUAACAUGAUUUUGUUUUUUUUUUGUUUUUUUUAUAAAACCACUUCCUAACCUUUUCUGUGUAAAGUUAUAGCCAAUUUUACAACUUCGCUGCCAUGUUUAUGUACUGUCAACAAACCCUAAAAUUAUUUAAAUAACUUUACAACUCAAAUAAUACAUGCAUUUUAACAGAAGAAUGAAUAAAAGUGCUUUUAUAAAAUUAUAAACUUCACAUUUCUGUUUUUAAACCUUCCAAAAAUGGUCCCUAUUCACUUCCAUUGUAAAUGCCUCACUGUAACGGCAAUCUUUGCUUUUUUUUAAAGAGACAGAGGGACGAAAAUAUAUUUUUCUGUUAAUCAAUAUUAUGCCUCAAAUGCUGUCGAUUGAGCUUAAAUUGUAUUGAGUAUUAUUUUAAACUGGUGAAGAAACACUAUUUUAGUUACGUCAACUGCAUUUGUCUCUUACUUUACUGUUGAACGUUAUUUUACAAUAGCAACAUUUGUUUGAAAAAGGACACCUCAGAUUCUAUGUGUGAAUAAUAUAUAAUUUGUGCAAUAUUUUAAAGUAUAGUCGGAAACUGUUGAGCUGUUCAAGUCACAAUAAAAAGCUUAUUUUGUUAAAGUAUGACGGUAGUAGCAGUGAAGAAGAUUGGGUUUGAUGUAGAUUGAAGUUACAACACUUAAUUUAUGAAAUGAGCAACAAACAAGAUUUCUGUGCCAAAUCAAGACUGUGCCCUGAAAUGAGAGAUUCAUACUCUUUUAUUUCGUCUUUGAUUUGUUUUAUGUCAUGUUCUUGUGCCUACGGCAUGAAUCAACACUCUUUACUGGUGAUGUUUGAUAUACUGUAAUACUUGUCCCGCUUUAUUGUCUGUCAAACCUGUGGGUGUCAGCUCAAGAAAUAACCAGUGACUUUGCACAUAACCACUUUUCUUGUAAUGCUGGAACUAUUUUGAAUUGUUAUGUGGUUAAAAUGGUUUGAUGGGGAUUUUAUCAACUGUGGUCUAUCUUUUUCCAUAGGUAAUGCUCUUUCUACACUGAAGAGAGUUGAAUAAA